AUGGAUAGGCUUCUAGCGGAGAGCGCUGCUCUCGUCUCAAUUCCGCUCCCUCAAGAAGAAGAUCGCUACGACAAAGCUGCAAAGGCGCUGGUGGCCAAAUUGAGCAAGCUAUCUCCUCUGGAACUCGCACCUGCGAAAGAUGAUCUUGAUGCAACUCCGCCCUUCUCUCACACCAUUCUCUACACCUACAUCCUUGUAGCAGGCAUCGAAGCAUCUGCAGCCAGCGGAAAAGCGCCCCCGAGGCAACUACCGUCAACCGCUCUACCAGAAGGUGCACUGUGGCCUUACAUCACUCAGCUUCUCUUCGAAUUCGACCCCAUUCAGACACGAUAUUGCGGCAUUCAAUUCAUGCGAAUUGUCGACUGCGUUGCCUUAGGCGCAGAGCAGACCGCUAAUUACGUCCCUGCUAUCCAACUGCUUCACCAUGUCAUCCUGAGACUCGACAACACCUCUUCUACCCUUACUUCCACACACCGCGCAUUCCUCCGCCUUUGUCUGCUGUCACAAGCAUACGCUGAAGCUGUGCAUAUUCUAGACCAGCCGAUCUAUCACAUUCCUUCCAGACAUGACACCCGCACAAAUAGAUGUCUUUGUUCGGAUUCGGAUCAAACAUGGAUCUUUCUGAGCCCAGGUACAGGUCUCAGCCAACCCAUUACAAGUCGGACAUAUCUCGAAUACUAUCUGAUGGGCGGCAUGUGCUACAUGGCUUUGAGGAGAUACAAAGAUGCCCUGUUUUUUCUCGAGGUUGUUCUUACGGCACCCACUCUUCAAAAUAUCGCUAGCGCUAUCAUGGUUGAGGCCUACAAAAAGUGGCUGUUUGUUGGUCUAUUGCUGACCGGCACCACCCCGCCAAUACCGAAAUCUGUUGGUUCGAAUGCAAUCAGACAUAUUCGAGCGCUUGCUAAACCAUAUGAAAGUGUCGCUGAGGCUUUUAAAGGCUCCAACAUCGGACAAUUGCGUGCAGAAAUUGAGGCAGGCAAUCAUAUUUGGCAAGAUGACGGAAACUAUGGUCUCGCGAUCGAAGUCUAUCAGGCUUUCCGGAAAUUUGCGGUCCAGAAAUUAAGCAGAACAUUCGCAGCCCUUUCAAUAGCGGAAGUUGCGAAGCGGACUUCGCCAGAUCCGUCAGACAUUGCUGAGACAAAAGCAUAUGUUGAGACGUUGAUUGUGGGCGGAGACCUAAGUGCGGUCAUCACAGACGGAGAAAGCGGCGCUCAGACUCUCCGGUUCUUGCCCACAUCGGCAUCCACACGGCCAGAAGCACAAGUGGGCGCGGCGCUGGCCUCGCAGACACAGGAGCUACAAACCCUUCUCAAACAUGUCCAGGACACUGAACAUCGCAUGGAAGUCACCAAAGAGUACAUUGAUUAUCUCAAGAAGCUCAAGAAGGCCAGAGAUGAAAAGAAGAGCGGCGGAAAGGGUAGUAGCAAGGCAGCCGUUGAUGAAGACAUUGAUGAAGACAUGAUGGAAGAAAUCUAG